AGUUUUAGUCUUGUCGUCAUAUUUGUGCGACACUUGCGUGAACACAUGCCCCAUGCGUGUGAAAUAAAGGGGUAUAUGAAGUAAUGCACAUGCUUUUAAUAAUAACUGUAUUGUUCACGAGACGUUGAAAACAUCGUGGGUUGUCAUGGCUGGGAACACGCUGCCGUUUAAAUCAAAUUAUGCAGUCUCCAGCAGAAUAGAACCGUUCUAUAAAGGAGGUAAAGUGCAGAUAAGUCAUGAUGAGCAGUACAUAUUUUGCACAUGUGGUCCAAGAGUCAACAUUUUACAGAUCAAUACAGGAAAAAUUGUCCAUAGCAUUGAGCAGGAUGAUCAAGAGGACAUCACCUCAUUCUCUCUCAGUCCUGACGAUGAGGUGCUGGUGACCGCCAGCAGGGCUCUGCUCCUGAAGCAGUGGGACUGGAAGCAGGAGAAGUGCACUCGCUCCUGGAGGGCCAUCCACAAUGUGCCUGUGGCCAGCAUGACCUUUGACUGCACCACCACCCUGCUGGCUACAGGUGGUUGUGAUGGCACCAUCAAGCUGUGGGAUGUUGUGAAGCAGUACUGCACACACAAUCUGAAAGGAUCAUGUGGCGUUGUACAUUUGGUUGAGUUUCAUCCAGACAUCAGCAGACUGCAGCUCUUCUCUUCCUCUGUGGAUUGUGGGAUCCGGAUCUGGGACCUGCAGACCAGCAAGUGUAUCUGUGUCUUGGAGAGCCACUACAGUGCCGUCACAUCGCUGGCCUUCUCUCCUGAUGGCCAAACUCUAAUUAGUUCUGGCCGAGACAAAAUCUGUUCUGUUUGGGACCUGAAGAAGAAGGCUGUUAAGAAGACUGUCCCUGUCUAUGAGACAGUGGAAGGUGUUGUUCUUCUGCCUGGGAAGAGCGAUUACUCUCAGAUGGGUGUGAAGGGUGAAGGUUUACACUUUGUCACGGCUGGCAGUAAAGGUGUUCUUCGAGUGUGGGACUCCAGCUCAGCGCGCUGUGUUUUCACUCAGACGCUGCCUGAUGCUCCAGCUCUCAACACAGAGGAGGGCGAUUUAGACCCACGCAGUCUGAUGCACCUUCUGCCCAUGCCACAGUCCAACAGACUGGUCACCGUCACCGCAGAGCACAAUAUCCUCAUCUAUCAGAUGCCCGCUCUCGCUGUUCAGCAGCAGUUUGUCGGCUAUAAUGAUGAUAUCCUGGAUGUGAAGUUCCUGGGGAAGGAUGACACACAUAUAGUUGUGGCCACUAACAGCUCUCAGCUGAAGGUGUUUGAGUUGGCCACUAACAGCUGUCAGAUUCUGUAUGGACACACAGAUACCAUCUUAUCUAUUGACGUCUUCCGCAAAGGUUCCAUGUUUGCAAGCUGUGCAAAGGACAAGUCUUUGCGGCUGUGGAAAAUGCAUCUGAAGAGUGGCCAAGUGCACUGUGUGGCUCAGAGCAGCGGACAUUCCAAUGCCGUGGGCUCUAUCGCCUGCUCCAGGUUAAAGAAAGCCUUCCUGGUGUCGGGCAGUCAGGACUGUACUAUUAAGGUGUGGGAUCUGCCUGACCCUCUUCCUGAUGUGGGAUGUGAACCGGUCUUGUUGACGGCACGACUGACAGAGAAAGCUCACGACAAGGAUGUGAACAGCGUGACCAUCUCUCCCAAUGACAAGCUGCUGGCCUCUGGCUCUCAGGAUCGCACGGCUAAACUCUGGUCGCUGGCUGACAUGAGUCUGUUAGGUGUCUUCAGAGGUCAUAGUCGAGGUAUUUGGUGUGUUCAGUUCUCUCCUGUGGACCAGGUCCUGGCCACGGCCUCAGCUGACGGCUCCAUCAAAAUCUGGAGCAUUCAAGACUUCAGCUGCCUCAAGACGUUUGAGGGACAUGAUGCCUCUGUGCUAAAGGUCAUAUUUGUCAGUCGAGGAACUCAACUAGUGUCUAGUGGUUCUGAUGGACUUGUGAAGCUGUGGACCAUAAAAACAAACGAGUGUAUGAAAACAUUCGAUGCUCACCAGGACAAAGUGUGGGCUCUGCAUGGCAGCAGCAAAGAUGACCUGAUGGUGACGGGAUCAGCCGACUCCACCAUCACACUGUGGAAGGACGUGACUGAAGAGGAGCUAGCAGAGGAGCAGGCAAAACAAGAAGACCAAGUCCUUAAGCAGCAGGAACUGUCAAAUUUACUUCAUGAGAAGAAGUAUCUGAAGGCUCUGGGAAUCGCUAUCUCUCUGGAUCAGCCGCACACUGCAUUACGAGUUAUCCGAGAAAUUCGCCAGCAGGAGGAUGGGAUACAGGAGCUAGAAAAGAUCCUCCUGAAACUCCGUCAAGAUCAGAAAGAGUCGGUGUUGCGAUACUCCGUGGUGUGGAACACUAAUUCACGCAGCUGUCUGGACGCCCAGGCCGUCCUGCAGGUGCUGCUCACACACCUGAGCCCAGAGGAAAUCCUGCAGUAUCAGGGCACUCGUACUCAUCUCGAGGGCCUCAUACCGUACACAGAGAGACAUAUGCAGCGGAUUGGUCGUCUCCUGCAGGCCUCAAUGUUUCUGGAUUACAUGUGGCAGAAAAUGCGUAUUACAGGUGGUAAAGACAGGUAAAAAAAAAAAAAACAAG